UUGUUCCAACUGCAUCUUUCUUGCUCAGAAGAAUGGCUGACGAAGAACCAAUCACCAACCCUGGUUCUGGUUCUGGAUCCACAACCGCUUCUGGUACAGGUUCUGACUCAGAUAAUUCUACUGACUCCAUUGACUUAGAAUGCACAGCAUCUUGUGUAGCGAUUCAAUGGAAGGUCCAAGAGGCUUUCCUUGAAGGAAAAAGAGUCGCAGCAACUACAAAUGCAAACCCUAACCCAAACACAACAGUCUACAACAAUCCGCCAGGGAUCCUACUGGACAACUUUAACGAGGGAUGGAAUCGAGGUGUCGACAAUGCAGGUCUAGUCCAUACCAUUGAUUUCCCUCAGGUUGUGAAUGCCUUUAGGUCUGCCGCCUACAAGGCUGGGCUUAUCUUAGAGUCAUUGUACGAUGACUCGCCCAAAGCUUUGCCGACAUCGGACUACCAAGAACUUGUCUCUGCAUGGGAAUUAGCUGGUUACUACGCGGGGACUCACAUGAUGGAGCAAUACCAUUACGAGAAGCACUUGCACAUCGCCACUUUCAUGGAUUUCUUCACUAAUCGAAAAUUCUGAACACACGCUUCGGGGAAAGGCUUCUGCCUUUGAAAAGAUUCUGAUUGCUACUACCUAGUAUGAAAAGAAAACAAUAAGGUUCUUAGAUAUGCAUGGUUUUUAGGUGUUCUAAUAGUAUGAGUUCACCCUUAAUUAUUAAGUUGAUCCUUCGUAAUAAGUUAGUUUGGAAACACCACAAUGUUCCACUUUAAGACUCUUUAAUAGUAAUUAAUCAUAUAUAUAUCUGCCAUGUUCACCAAUCAUCUAAUUAGGCCACUGCUGAUGAGAGAACAUCAAAGAGACACAUAUGACUAAGUUGUUA